AUGAUAUAUGAUCAAGGUAAGUAGACGAUGCCUUAAGUCUCCUUUUACUUGAGUAGUGUUUACAAGUAUGUACUUAACAGUUGACCCAUUAUUACUAAUAUUAACCUAAAUAUGUUGACCUAAUAUUAUUAUUACUGUAACACAAUAUGCCUGACCGAAACUUAUCAUGUCAGUCAAGUGGGUUAAUAAUAUUGUUUUGUCUUUUCAAUAUAACUCAUUUUCAAGUUUGUUAUGGCUUUAGGAUUCAGAUCAGUGGUCUGAAUCACAGUGAACUGUGCAAAAUUUGUUGAAUUUUCAUUUUAAUACUCUUAUACACAUGCCUUUAAACUGAAAUGGCAAUAAUCCAAUAAAAAUUAAGUUUGUUUGUUACUACAAUUGUCUCAAACAUUUUUAUGUAAAUUAUUAAUAAGUAAUAGCAUGGUUUCUCAUGAAAUUUGGAUAAACAUGCACUCAUGAGUUUUUCAAAGACCUCAAAUAGCACUCGUUCUUCGGACUCAUGCUAUUUUGAGGUCUUUGAAAAACUCCCUUGUGCAUGUUAUAUCCAAAUAGACCAUAUGUAUAAUGACGUCACAAGGCUUGAUGCCAGCAAGGAAUGCGAUGACUACUAAGACCAGCAUUCCUCGCUGGCAUCAAGCCUUGUGACGUCAUUAUGCAUAAGGUCUAUUGCACUCUAAACCAUGCUAUUACCUAUACAAACAAUUUAAUUCUGCAUACUGUAUCACUGACUUUGUGAAUUAUGUUAUGUUUGGAUUAGUCCAUUGGUCAUGUGGUCAUUGAUGUCCACAUUUUGUAAGUUAGUCACAUAGCUAUACAAUAUAUAUGUGCUGCAUAUUUUCUUCUGCAGAGCCUCCUGCACCUGCAGGUCAGCAUGUUGUAGACGAGAAUAUUCCAACAGCAACAAAAGAGCCUUCUCUUCAACAAACGAUUGCAGAUGAUGGCAAGGUCAUUAAAAUGGAGUGUGAUCCUUCAAGGACCACACUUAAACGUGAGUUUAAAGAUUAAUUUAGUGUGAUAGACUGUCUUGGAAAAAAACAAUGAUGAGCAGCAGCAACAAAACAAGAAACAAUGUAACAAGUAAGUUUUGAAUGGAUCCUAUUAAUCUGAACUUUUAAAAAAGAUCACCAUUUACGUACUGUACUGUAGCACUUACAUUUAUUAAUCUGCGCAAAGAGAAGAGUGUCAUAUGUGUUGUAUGAUGUUGCUUGCAUUUCCUUUUUAUAACAAUGCUAAAUAUUCGCCUGGAUUUUAUCAUCUAGGACCUUCAGGAGAAAUUGGUUAAAGGGCUUUCAAAACGAUCAAAAGCCGACCUUUCCGAUGUAGAUUCCUUGGACAUUGCACGAUUUGUGUCUGUGGCAGGAAUUGAUGAUGACACUAAGUUUAAUUUAAUCAACAAUCACUGGAAGCCACCCCCAGAUUUCAACUUUCCCCCCUCUGAAACUUCACACCGAAAAUUUUGUGCUAGUUGGCUACAUCGCUCGUCUUGGCUAUGUUAUUCCAAGUUGUAUAACGGAGCUUUCUGUCUUUCUUGUGUUUUGUUUAGCCAUCAAACUUGACAUAACGGCUUAAAAUUAUUCAAGGAACCCUUAACCAACUGGCAAAGUGCGGCAACAGGACUCGAACAGCAUCAGAAACAGUCGGUUAUUCAUCGUGAUUCCAUGUUGCGUUUGGUGCAGUUUAGAAGCAUGAUCGGUUAUUCAUCGUGAUUCCAUGUUGCGUUUGGUGCAGUUUAGAAGCAUGAUCACAGGUAAACCAAAGGCAUAUUAUAUGAGCAAACCGAUAACAUGAGAAGUGCCUGCAUUCAAUACAAUAGAGAUAUCCUUAGUUCUAUCACCAAAACUGUGGUCUUGGCUGGCAAGCAGAAUCUCCCAUUAAGAGGACAUUGAGACGACUCCCAGCAUCACGCAUCUCCCGAUCCUGGAAACUUUCAAGCCUUUUUAGAUUUCCGAGUGGAUUCAGGUGACACAAAGCUUAAGCAACAUUUUGAAACAGGGAAGAAGAAUGCUACAUAUCGUUCGAAGACGAUACAGAAUAAGCUAGUGAAAAUCUGUGGGACCCAAAUCCGAGACAAAAUAGUGUCAGAAAUCAACAACAGUAAUUGUCCUGUCUAUUCGGUUCUAGCAGAUGAGGAAACCGAUUGUAGUAGUAUUGAACAAAUGCCAAUUGUCUUGUGUUAUGUAGAUUCUAGCAAAGAAAUUAACGAACGGUUUGUUAAAUUUGUACAAUGCGAAGGGGUGACGGGCGAGGCAUUAGUGAACAACAUGGAAGAUACAUUGCAAGAACUCAGCCUACCACUUGGAAAUUACCGUGGCCAAGGUUAUGAUGGUGCCAGUGCAAUGUCCAGUCAAUCGAAAGGAGUUUCUGGUCGGAUUUUGAAGAAGAAUCCAAAAGCAUUGUAUGUCCAUUGCUCCAGUCAUUGCUUGAAUCUUGUUGCCAAAGCAUGUCAGCUUCCCUCAGUAGUCCAAAUGCUAGGAUGUGCAAAGAAGAUUACAAGUUUUUUCAGUCCCUCUCUUCAACGAAUGUAG